CUGUAUCCUCAGGAGGGGGGUUGACUUUUUUUAGGGGUUCGGUUUCGGAGGACUUCUUCUUGCUGAGUGAACUCUCUCUCACUCUUUUUCUGGCCUUGCCUAGGGUGGAUUCGCGGUGUGGGUGGCAAGGCGCGGCCCCGUGGCUUCUAAGGCUCAUCUUCCUGGAGCGGAAAGCGUAAGGCACCUCCUCCCAGCGGCCCCCGUCGGCUUUGGUCCGCCCCGAGGCUUCCCAGAGCUCGCCAAGCCCCAGGGCUCUGUGGGGCAGGCUCUGGGCCCGGCGCGGUCAGGACGCCAGCCGGUCGUCCCCAGGUCCCGGGCAGCGCGCCACGCGGGGCCGCAGCCGCCCAUCUAGCUCCGCAGCCGGGGCUGGCAGCAACGCGCUCCGCUGGGAGGGCGCUCGGCGGCGGAGUCCCGCGCUGGGGAGGGGCGAGGAGAGCCGCAGCCCCCUCCGCCGGCCCAGACCGAGCAGCAGGCGAGCAGGCGCGGGGCUGGGGCAAGCGGAGGGCUGUGGGCGCCUCUCUCUGGGCACACACUCUCCGCACCGCGCUCCCCUGGGCUGAGUGGCCUCGGACCUUGGCAGCCAGCAGCGCCGUGCGCCCCUCUUGCUCCGGGGUGCGUUAAACGCCAGGCGGGAGCUGCCCAGCUGGGGUCACCGGACUCCUUCUCCCCCUUUUCGGGGAGCCCGCAGGUUGAGCUAGAAGCCAACCCGGCCGGAAGCUGCGCUCCUAUAAAUAGCGCGCGUGUGCCCGCCUCGCGCUCUCCCGGCUGCGCGAGGACAGAGAAAGUUGUGCGCAGGGACUCCGGGCGUGCGGCAGAGGCAGGAGAGGACCCCGCCGGCCGAGCCGCCCUGCGCCCUGGAACUGAUCCCGUGAAUUUGUGCUUUCCGUGCUGGGGACUCUGCUAGCCGCUGCCUACCUGCCGACGUCCGAGAGACACCAAGCUUUGGGGAAUUUUUGACCAAGCGAAAGCGGGAGUCGCUAGAGUCCUGGCCAUGAACACAGCCUCGCGUUCUUCUCAGUCUGGGAAACACCUUCUGCCUCUGUAAUUCAACCCUGCCGCAAGCCAGACGCGUACUGGACCGACAUCGGCAACGCUCGGCGCUCACCAGCCCCUGGCUUCUCUGAGUCCCCUUGGUUUUCCUGCUCCGUGGUUCACCUGGGAGUGCUUGGGUUUGGAGAGAGAAUUUAUCAUUUUCCUCUUCGAGGUGUGAAUGUGAGGGUUUGGUGACUUUUAGAUGUCUAGGAGUAAGGGUGGGUGCAGGGGCCCCAGACAGAGCUGAUUCUUGGGCGGAGGAGGGUGGGGUAGGGGGUUCUGCAUGAGCUCCUUAAAGGACAAAGGUAACAGAGCCAGCGAGAGAGCGCGAGAGGAGACUUUGACUUCAAACCACAGAAUUGGUGGAAGUGUGCGCGCCGCCGCCGCCGUUCCUGCAGCGCUGUCGGUCUAGCCACUGGCAUCUUCCCGACCUCCGGGGUCCCGGGGUAGGAGGCGACGCGGGCGAGCGGAAGCGCCAGCCGGCUGCGGCUGCCCACGCGGCUCACCAUGGGCUCAGGGCGCCGGGCGCUGUCCGUGGUGCCGGCCGUGUUGCUGGCCCUCACUCUGCCGGGGCUGCCCGUCUGGGCGCAGAACGACACGGAGCCCAUCGUGCUGGAGGGCAAGUGUCUGGUGGUGUGCGACUCGAACCCCGCCACGGACUCCAAGGGCUCCUCUUCCUCCCCUCUGGGGAUCUCGGUCCGGGCGGCCAACUCCAAGGUCGCCUUCUCGGCGGUGCGGAGCACCAACCACGAGCCGUCUGAGAUGAGCAACAAGACGCGCAUCAUUUACUUUGAUCAGAUCCUAGUAAACGUGGGUAAUUUUUUCACGCUGGAGUCUGUCUUUGUAGCACCAAGAAAAGGAAUUUACAGUUUCAGUUUUCAUGUCAUUAAAGUCUACCAGAGCCAGACAAUCCAGGUUAACCUGAUGUUAAACGGAAAACCGGUAAUAUCUGCCUUCGCUGGGGACAAAGACGUUACUCGUGAAGCUGCCACUAAUGGCGUCCUACUCUACCUAGAUAAAGAGGAUAAGGUUUACCUAAAACUGGAGAAAGGUAACUUGGUCGGAGGCUGGCAGUAUUCCACGUUCUCUGGCUUUCUGGUGUUCCCCCUAUAGAAUUUCAUUUCUCCAAGAUGUUUAUCCAGGUGAGGGGCGGCCCACCCCUGAGUUAUUGGAAGAUCAUUUCCUCAUCAUCGGAUUGGUGUCUUUUAUUGGUUUCUCAUGGGUGAAUAUGGAUUCUCUUUAAGGAUUCUAGGCCUGUCCGAACCAAUACAGCGUUUCACAGAUUAUUUUUGUGCGUGUGUGUGUUUUAGUAUAUUUGGAUCGGGGCCCACAGCAGACACCACCUAUCUAUGCUUAAAUCUAACAGUUCAAAGCUGUCUGCGAGGUUCAUUCUGAAUUUAACUUCCUGGAAUUACUGAAUUCGUUGCAGAUGUGGAAUUUUAUUUAUUUUUAAGAGACUGGAAACUGGUCUGAGAAUUAGAACACUCGAAAGUUCUGGCUUCAAUCAAUGGUCGGUGUGACACUGCCAAAGAACUGUGUGCUGUGUUGACAUCUUGGUUACAUUUGUUUUUACUCCUUUGGAAUUAGUUUGUUUCGUUCUCUUAGGGUAACCGGGGACUGUUUUUCAGUGACUGGCUUUGUGUCUUCUUUACAAAUAGGGUAAUGAAUGGCUUGCCUGCAAAUUUACCCCGACUACGAGAUCACCAACAUGACUUCCCUUGAAAACAAAAACAGAAUGCUUCAUAGUUGUAUUUUAAUUAUAUAUGUGAAAGAGUCAUAUUUUCCAAAUUAUAUUUUCUAAUAGGAAGAAUAGAUCAUAAAUCUGACAAAGAAAAAGUUGCUUAUCUGAGUUCUAAGUGCUCAAUCCCCAAACCUCGGCGAAACAGCUCCCCUCCGCGGGAAAUCUCCUACUUUAUUGCUCAACUUUAAUUUCCAUGAUUGAUAAUAACCACUUUAUUAAAAACCUGGGGGAUUUUCGUUUUCCUUAGACAUGACUACUUUAUUAACUGGAGAUGGGAUGCCCUUGUUUUUAAUUAUACCUAUUUUUCAAACCUUCUGUUGUGUUUGAAGUAUCAUCUGGUUUUGCCUUAACUCCUUAAAUUGUAUAUAUUUAUCUGUUUAGCUCAUAUUAAAUCCAAGUAUCUCAUAUCUGAACUUAGUGCAAUAUCUUCUUUUGUCUUUUGUACAGGUCAUAUGAAUUCAGAAAAUUAUUUAUGUCUCUGUUAUAGAAUAAAGGCUCAUAUAUGUUAGUUGGAUUGUUUUGUCCUUUUGGUUUUGGAAAUACGUCUUCUACAUGAUUUAUUUCCUCUCUCUCAGCAAUCCAUCCUUCCUGUGUUCCUUCCUUCCUUCCUUUAUCCUGGAGUUUAAGAGAAGCUUUCUGAAUUUUCAGGGAAUGCCCUCUGAAUUGGUAUAGGAAAUCUUUACUGUGUUUAAUCUGUCCAAAUCCAGGAGUUUUGAGCUUGCCAAAAGAGAAUCGAUGAACUGAAGUAAACUCUUCUUUCAGAAGGACUUAUUGUUAGGAAGUUAAGUUAAAAGAGAUCCCCUAAAAUAUCCUGAGGAUGCUCAGUGAGUGAAUGAGUGGUGGUGAGCAUAAAGACCAUUAUUUUCAAGCUGAAGACUUUGGGAAAAAGUUCUGCCCUUUUCUCAACACUAAAAGACAAACAGGAUUGCAGGCUUCUUUUUAGGAGGAACUGUUAUUACAGAUGUCUCAUCUGGCGAUUUGGCUCAAUUUCCUGCUCUGUAGUCGAUUAAAACAAUUUUGAGGGGACCCCUUGUAUAGCCAGUGGCAGCGAGGAAGGUGUUACAGGAUUCUGUGGGAGGUAACAUGCAGGCAGGUCUUCAGCAUAAUUGUGAUUAAUCGCCAAGUCAAAACAGUCAUUCAUCACUGGAAGUCUUCCCUCCUUCCCCAAGAAGAAUUAUCUAGAGAUGUUGGCAGUGGAUCCUCAAUGUUUUGCUUGGCAAGUUAUCCCCCAGCUGGCUUUCAGUCAAACAUCUUUCCUCCUUUGUAAUUGUGUAAUGUGAAAAACAAUACUGCACAGGGGACUUUCAUCUAAAUAUGAGUGGCAUCCUCUGCAAAUGUACCUGCUCUUAUGUAACCUUUUCCAUAGUUCUCUGUAUUCAGAGUUUGUGUCUAUACAUUGCAACAGAGUGAAUCAUACUUGAAUAAAUAUAGUGUUAGUCAUUGUUUUGGAAGAAUGGCUCAAGAGUAUUGGAAUUACCAAGAGACACCUAUGAUGGGACAGAGCAAGUUUGGUGCU